AUGACAAGCCCCGCUAACUUAUAUCCAGGACUCUACGACACUGCUGAUGUUUUGGAGGAAGUUCCUCUUGAGGUUUCGAAGUAUUUGACGCUCUUACAUGAAAUUGAUGCGAAAUGUGUAAAUUCGAUGCCAGAACUGCAUCAAAAGAUAGACAAGUUUUUAACCGUACCUAUAGACAAGAGAGUGAGUGAUGAAUUAGUUGAGAAAAAGAAAGCAGACAAAGUCAAAGAUCUAACUUAUAUUAACGGGCUUUUUGAAGAGUUGAUGCAAUCUUUGGAAGAGAAAAUGCAUGUAUCUUCGAUUAUGGUGGAGUCAUUACAACAUUUAGAAGAACGUUUGGAAAUAGCAUAUGAAGUUGCAAUAAGAAAUCAAGAGAUACCGGUAAAGUUAAGAUUGGGUGCAGAUAACCAUCCUGCAAUGCAUUUACAUUAUGAGUUAAUGGAGAAGAUAGAGAGUAAACCAGGUCAUAGAUCUUCACAAGCUAUGAAAAGUGAAUCUCGAAGAGAGGCUAUGGCAGCAAACAGAAAGCAAAACAAUGAUACAAAAUACACAAUCAAUUCGGAGCAAAAUACACCCAGUAUCGACUAUGAAAGUAAUAGUAAAAAGAGAAGUAACGUAGUAGGAGGUUCUACGGAUCCAAAAAGAAGAAAGAGAAGGACAAAUAACAACAAUAUAAUGGACAAUAGCAGUAAUGCACCCAAUAUACUUACAGGCAUAAGUGGAUCAUCAUCUUCUUCGGCGUCGUCCAAUAAGAACAGUACUGGUAAUCCUAAGGCAAACAAGACGUCAGAUACUAUAGUUAACAACAAAGGAGAAAGAGUCAAUGAAUACGGGGAACCUCUAUACUGCUACUGUAAUCAAAUUGCAUACGGUGAAAUGGUCGGGUGUGAUGGAGAGAGCUGCGAGUUAGAAUGGUUUCAUUUACCUUGUAUCGGCUUAACAACUUUACCAAAAGGUAAGUGGUAUUGUGAUGAAUGUAAAAAGAAAAUGUAG